AGUUAUUAAAGAUGGCGGCGGAGCGGAGUCGCUCCCCGAUGGACUCGCCGGUCCCGGCCUCUAUGUUCGCCCCGGAGCCUAGCUCCCCGGGGGCGGCCCGGGCCGCGGCGGCUGCCGCCCGGCUACACGGCGGCUUCGACUCAGACUGCAGCGAGGAUGGCGAGGCGCUUAACGGCGAGUCGGAGCUGGACCUCACCAGCAAGAUGGCACCGAGUACGGGCUGAGCGAAGCCGACAUGGAGGCCUCCUACGCCACAGUGAAGAGCAUGGCGGAGCAGAUAGAGGCCGACGUCAUCCUCCUGCGGGAGCGGCAGGAAGCUGGGGGCCGCGUGCGGGACUACCUGGUCCGGAAACGAGUAGGAGACAAUGACUUCCUGGAGGUCAGGGUCGCAGUGGUGGGCAACGUGGACGCUGGCAAAAGCACGCUUCUGGGCGUCCUGACGCACGGGGAGCUGGACAACGGCCGGGGCUUUGCCCGCCAGAAGCUCUUCCGCCACAAGCACGAGAUCGAGUCCGGCCGCACCAGCAGCGUGGGCAACGACAUUCUGGGCUUCGACAGCGAAGGCAACGUGGUGAACAAGCCGGACAGCCACGGCGGCAGCCUCGAGUGGACCAAGAUCUGUGAGAAGUCCACCAAGGUGAUUACCUUCAUCGACCUGGCUGGCCACGAGAAGUACCUGAAGACCACGGUCUUUGGCAUGACGGGCCACCUGCCUGACUUCUGCAUGCUCAUGGUGGGCAGCAACGCUGGCAUCGUGGGCAUGACCAAGGAGCACCUGGGCUUGGCGCUGGCACUCAACGUGCCUGUUUUCGUGGUGGUCACCAAGAUCGACAUGUGUCCUGCGAACAUCCUGCAAGAAACACUGAAGCUGCUGCAGCGCCUGCUGAAGUCGCCGGGCUGCCGGAAGAUCCCCGUGCUGGUGCAGAGCAAGGACGACGUGAUCGUCACGGCCUCCAACUUCAGCUCCGAGAGGAUGUGCCCGAUAUUCCAGAUCUCCAACGUCACCGGCGAGAACCUGGAUCUGCUGAAGAUGUUCCUCAACCUCCUCUCCCCCCGCACCAGCUACCGGGAGGAAGAGCCCGCUGAGUUCCAGAUUGACGACACGUACUCCGUGCCGGGCGUGGGGACAGUGGUGUCGGGGACAACGCUUAGGGGCCUGAUCAAGCUGAACGACACGCUGCUGCUGGGCCCGGACCCCCUGGGGAACUUCCUGCCCAUCGCCGUCAAAUCGAUCCAUCGCAAGCGCAUGCCCGUCAAGGAGGUGCGGGGGGGCCAGACGGCCUCCUUUGCGCUGAAGAAGAUUAAGCGCUCCUCCAUCCGGAAGGGCAUGGUGAUGGUUUCUCCACGUUUGAAUCCCCAAGCGUCCUGGGAGUUCGAGGCUGAGAUCCUUGUCCUCCACCACCCCACCACGAUCAGCCCGCGCUACCAGGCCAUGGUGCACUGUGGGAGCAUCAGGCAGACGGCCACCAUCCUGAGCAUGGACAAGGACUGUCUGCGCACGGGGGACAAGGCCACCGUGCACUUCCGCUUCAUCAAGACGCCCGAGUACCUACACAUAGACCAGCGGCUGGUGUUCCGGGAAGGCCGCACCAAGGCUGUGGGCACCAUCACCAAGCUCCUGCAGACCACCAACAACUCCCCGAUGAACUCCAAGCCUCAGCAGAUUAAAAUGCAGUCGACGAAGAAAGGCCCCCUGAGCAAACGAGAAGACGGCCCCUCCGGAGGGCCGGCGCUGGGGGUGCCCCCGCCUGGAGAUGAAGCUUGCUCUCUCGGGGCGUCGCAGUCAGCUUUGUCCAGCAGUCUCCAGCCGACGUCCAAGCCCAGCAGCGGGGGCCGGCGACGAGGGGGCCAGCGUCACAAGGUGAAGAGCCAGGGCGCCUGUGCGACUCCUGCCAGCGGCUGCUGAAUUUCCUCCGCCUGCCCUCCCACCCGAGGGGUUCUCCCGCUCUGGGCCUGGGCAGCCCGCGCCCGCCCUCAGGCCACAGCCGGAGCUCACCAUUCCCCGCCCCCUGGUUUCUGGGGGCCUUGUAAUUUAUAAGCUGGGGGAGGCGGCCAGCCGUCUGCCGUGCUGACCACCUCCCACCCUCUCGCCCACCUUCUUCCUCACUCAGUUUUGUACCUCUGGGCCCUUAGUUUUUAUUCUUUUUAUUCUCUCUCGUGUGUGUGUGUGCGCGUGGUGCAGGAGUGGCCACUCGGACCCUGGCAGUCUUCCUCCUCCCUCCCUCGAACACCACUGGCUGCCUGUCCAUUCAUCUGUCCGUCUGUCCGUGCGUCUCUGUGAGAAGCGUUAGGGGCUGUCAGGGGCCGAAGGGGCCCAAGGGUGCCCGGAGCGCCUCUGUGGAGCUGGCUGCUGGGCCGGGGGCUGCAGGUGCAAGUGCCGCGGCCCCCAGGAGCCUCCUUCCGGGACUCGGGCUCCUCGCAGGGUGGGCGGUGCUGGCUUUCUCUUCUCCCCCCUCCUCCCCGCUCUCCCCCUUAAACCUCACGGCAGACGAUGUCAAAAGCUCUUCAACUGUAACCGUAGACGUGCAGAGGGAGAGGUGAUGGGAUUGUGGGCCCUCCCUACCCCUAGCUCCAACCCUUGCCGCCGACCCAAAGGCAGCUGGUGGCUUUUCCUUCCCCCUGGACACAAGCCUGGGUUUGCCUGGCUGGUCAGCGCAGCUCCCGCUCUGCGGGUCUGCGGAGCAGGAGCGUCCAGGGAGCCGCCUCCUGCUGGGACUUGCACUCAGUCUUACUGGGUCUCGGGCCCUGGCGAGCAGAGCGGUGUCACCUGCUUAGGGUCCUGCUGCUUUUGGUGGAGAGCAGCUGCUCCUCUGAGCCAGACUGGGCCUGGGCCCCCCCCCCCCCCGCUUCCCGCCGUGCCCCUGCCUCGUGGCCCCAGUGCGGCAGCUGCAGGCGCGCAGCAGUGAAGGGCCCGGCCCCUGUUUGGGAGUCCUGAGUGGGGUGCAGUGAAGGCAGGUGGGGGCAGUGAAUGCGACUCCUCUAGGCCCAGCAGAGAGAGCAGCAAGCGCUCCGGAAGGGUUGCCACCUGGCGUGGGGCUGGGGCUGCGUGGCCAUCGGCCAGACAUGGCUGCCCAGGCCCUGAACCGGCUGGUCUGAGCUGGGGACUGAAGCCCUCAGUUCAGGGCAGGCUGCUGGGCGCACGUGUGCCCUUUCUCUGGCCGAGGCAGACGCCCAGCGGGCUGGGUCCUUCCUCAGCCUCGCCUCCCUGUCCCCAGCCUUUCUCCUUCCCUUCCCCUCCCUGACUGCUGGCCCCUUCACCUCCCCUCCUCCCAACUCUACUUACCGCUGACCUGGGCCGUGCAGGGACCAGACCAGCGCACUAAACAGAAAGCCCGCCCCCUGUGCAGCCCCUCCAGGUGCCACUGGGAACGUCGUUGCUCGCCUGCCCUGCGCCCCGGUCUCUGGCGCGGGGUGGGACUGGGGGAGGGCCCGGCUCCUCCGGUCAGGCAGGCGUGGCCCAGCACCCAGGCCCUCCCACCAGCUGUGACCCGGGACGCCUUGCCAGCCGCCUCGGAGCCUCAGUUCCCUCCUCUGCAGCAAGAGGUGAAUGCUUUCGGGGGUCGUAACGACUCAGGGAGAGGAUGGACGUGAGGCCCUGAUGUGCCCGGCAUGGGGGAGGCGCCUGGUGCGUGGUCAGCACCCUGCUCACCACUCGCGCUGGUUUCCAAGGCCACAGCAGAGGCCACAGGCGGGGACAGACCGGAAAGGAGAAGUGUGGCGGUGACACGUCUCUGGUGUGGCUGGGGCUGGGCCACGUGUCUCGCUGACUCCACGGGCUCUGAGGGUGGUGGUGGUGGUUCCCUUGUUCUAGUUCAGGAGACUGCAGCUCAGAGGAGCAGGGCCCCCAGCGGGUCCCUGCCGGCCGCAGUGUGUCCUUUGGCCCCGUCUGUCCCUCUGUCCGCUGGCUGCUUCCCCUUUGCUUUAGACUCUGGUUCUGCUUCCAGGGGCCGCUGCCCCCGGAUGCCUUCCCAGUUGCAGGGCUCCAGGGUGGAGCACCCCCUGCUCUGUCCCCACGGCGGGUGCUGUGGAGUUUGUGUUUCCAGAGGGCUUGGCCAAGGUAGAACCCCAGAAGAGGUGGGACCCCAUUUUGUGUGAACUCUGGCCCCUGUGAGCAUAACCACUGUAUGUUCAGAAGCUGCGGCCUCCGCCCUGGCCUCCCCCUCAGUUGCGGGAGGCUGGUCCAGAUCUCUGUGGUCCUCGGCCACGCGGGCUGGCGGCAGCGUUUCACUGUCCUCGGUAGGGACUGCGGAGUUCCUGGGGGGUCUCAGCCCCACCAACUGUCCGUUUGGAACAAAACACCAGCCCUUUUGUAGUUGACAAAGAAUAAACUUGUUAAUCUGAC